AUGAAGUUCUUACAGUUCUUACUCUCCCUCAUUAUCCUCAGUCUUUCUGCCCGGGCUCUUGCGAGCUCUUGCAAUAAUUACCACGUUACUAAGGCCCUAGGUGAUCGUAGGGUUUUUGCGAAUGUUACAUGCAAAGUUAUUGAGGCUCUACUACAAUUCACUAAUGAUAUUGAGAAACAGAGCUUCCAAGUCUUGCACAAGGACGUUGUUGCUAUUUUGCAACGGAUUGAGGAUGGGAUUAGGAGAAUCGCACUGGAGUCUCAGCUUGACUCCAGGGAUGUCUAUAGCCUUGAAGCGGGUUUCAAGGCAUUAGAGAAAGAUAUUGAGGAAGUUCUUAAGGCCCUUAAGGAUAAGAAGACGGAUAUUGUUGGUAGUGGUGUUUGUGCUCAACUAGUAAAGGACCUUGAGGAUCUAAAGGAUGCUGGCAGACAAAUCAGCAUCCUAGUUCUUGGGAAGAUGCCUGAAGAAUUCUUCGACAUUGGGAAAAAGGCCUCUAAUAAAGCCCUACAGGAAAUCCAGGACACCAUUAAUGACUUCUCAAAAGAACCUUCCUGCCGCUCCACAAAAGUGACCUUCACUUUUUAA